AUGGAGUCAGAUUCACCGGGUUACCGUGGCGCUGGCACCAACGCCUCUUUCCACAACACCAUUGAAGGUCCAAUCGAGCCCACGUACGGCCCCUCCGGAUAUCUUUCUACCGAAAUCAUUCCUGCGACUCGAGAGACUUCCGUCACAUACAUCGCCAGCGAGUAUCAGGAAUUCCCGGAAGUCUUUGCGCACCUUCCUCUCACAGGGAACCCGCCUGCUUCUUUUCAGGAAAUAUACGACGUGGAUGAUGCUCUAUAG